AUGAGCAAUGAUACACAAAACAACGAAGUGAACAACGCUAAGCAAGCACUCAUGCUAGCACUCGGUGACAAAUGGGCCAUGUACUUAACCAACAUGAAACUGUGGUUUCGUAAGAAGCAUUCUAAAGAGGAAUUUGAUCUUGAGUGCCGCAAGCUGUUCAGCUCGAACCAGCUAAAUCUGCACAACCGUUUCUUGCUGGCAAUUCUCAACAAAAUCGAUGCCGUUUCUGUUCCGCAAUUUUCCAACAACAUCUGCGACGGAGGGCAUAUAACAUCCACAUCUGAGACGUACGGCAACACAGGCGACGGCACGAACCUUACGUCUAUGCAGCAGAACGAUGGCCGUAGUUCCAAAAAACGAAAGCGUUCGUCCAAAUCGUCAUCCGAUCGGGCAACAUUUGAACCGAUGUCACCGUACGAAUACAUCUCACGUGAAUUUACCGGUACGGAACAUCCGUCACCACCACUGGGUGUUGCCGGUGGCACACUACCUGCAAUGCGCUACGCCGCACAGGAAUUGUUUCUACCCGAUAACGGGCUGGUGAUGGGACGGUUGCUUGUUGGAGCUUGGGAACACGGUCUCGCCAGUGCGGACGAUGCGGCAGUCGAUCUGAUCGUAAACUCCGUCCAAGUGCUGCUGAAGAACGUGCUUACUGCGAUCAUUACCGCUCGCAAGCAUUAUCGUAUCACCGCGAACGGUACGUUUUUCUAUGACGUAGGCUGCGAGAUGAAGCAUCCGUUCGUGCGCAACACGGUCACGAAGAGUAAAAUCGAUGAUGAACCAAUGGAGCUGGACCGGGAGAUAGUCAGUUACCUCAAGACACCAUCGACGGAUUCUACAUUUUUGGCAAGCUGCGAGCAAUUAUAUCCUACGGUUAGUCGCAAAAUAAACGCGCUGGAGCUCUAUACAGCCCUGCAAGAUCGAAACCUAAUUUCUUCGCACUCAGUGUACUCGAUGAAUAUGGAGCGAAUUUCGAGCCAGUUGUCUUAG